GCUAACUCUUGUGUCUUUCUCGCAUUUAAGUGACAGGGGGCUGCUGUUAACUAUAAAAUGUAAAAAAAUAUUGAGCAUGUCAUUCAUUUUUGCUGCCAAGGCCAGUGUACACGUAUUGUUCAUCGUAUUGUUAUUUGAAAACUGAUAAGACUGCAUAAUAAUGUUAAUACUGUUAACAUUACCAAUAAAUAUUACGCGAUAGUUCGAUGUACGGUUACAGAACGGAAGUGAAAACAUUAAAAUCAAAAUGCCCACGCCAAGUGCCGACACUCACGGUGAAUAUUCAUCAUGGGUGGGAUUGAUAUAUGUAUUUAAUUUAAUUGUUGGGACUGGAGCCCUGACACUUCCAUCAGUGUUUGCAAAAGCAGGAUGGUUGCUCAGCACAGUAUUAAUUAUAUUCUUGGCCUUUGUUGGUUUCAUUACUGUUACUUUUGUAAUUGAAACCAUGGCUGUUGCUAAUGCUACAAUACAGAUAAGAAAGCUGCAAUCACAUAAAAUUGAUGGGGAAAGUGAAGCAGCAAGGGAUUCGGAAUCCGAAAGUGAAGAAACAAAUGAACAAACAGCGAUUAUCAAUAGUGGUAAUCGCAAUAUGCGACGGUAUUUCAGUCUGAACCAAUCAGUAGAAAUGGGCCAAAUGGCUGGUUUAUAUUUUAACAAAGUGGGCAGGAUUCUGUUCUUUGCUUCCCUCUGCAUCUAUCUCUAUGGUGAUUUGGCAAUAUACACUACAGCAAUAUCCAAGUCAAUGAGCGAUUUAUUGUGUCCCAACAAUCACACGGAAGAUAAUGCGACCAACUUCGAAGAUGAGUUCAACAUAGACUGCUUCAAUAACGAAAUAUCCAAAGUUGACUUGUAUCGAAUUUGCGUCGGCAUUUUCGCAUUGUUAGUGUGUCCAUUCACCUAUUUUGAUGUACAGAAAACGAAGUACUUCCAACUGGCGACUACUACAAUGCGCUGGUCUGCCUUCUCCAUAAUGAUAGCGAUGGCAAGCUUGCGACUAUACCACGGUCAGAACGCCGAUCAUCAGCCGGCGAUGUUUACGUUUCAUGGUCUUCCGGCGCUUAUCGGCGCGAGCGUCUACAGCUUCAUGUGCCAUCACUCGUUACCCGGCCUCAUUGCGCCCUUCAAUGACAAACAAUAUGUACUGAAACAGCUCGCCAUGGACUAUGGUUUGAUCUGCACAUUUUAUUUAUUGUUAUCUUUGACGGGUGUAUUUGCAUUCCGCGAAUUGAACGAUUUGUACACGUUAAACUUUGUUCCAAGUGGUGAUCAGACGUUAUCGCUAUUUAUGGAGAUGCUGCUAUAUUUUUUGGGCAUGUUUCCAAUUUUUACUUUAUCGACCAGCUUCCCCAUUGUGGCAAUCACGUUGCAGAAUAAUUUGAAGACAUUAUUUUUGGAUCCACUGCUAAUGGAUCAAUACGGGUUUGUUGUGAAGAGAUUAACGUUCCCGACGUUAGCUAUCGCACCACCGAUCGCCGUAGCGUUGUCCACGCAUGAUUUAGGUCGCUUGGUGGAGUUUACGGGGUCGUAUGCGGGCACCUGUAUUCAGUAUAUCAUUCCGGCUAUGCUGGUAUUGCAAGCGAGAAAGUAUUGCAGGAGAGAUAUAGGUGCGAAUGUUAGGAAUAAAUAUGCGAGUCCAUUCAGGAAUGUUGCUUGGAUUUAUUUCGUCAUUUGUUGGUCUUUGAUUUGUGUUGUUUUAGUCUCGAUUAAUUUAUUUUCGGCUUAGAAUUGACUAUGAUAAUUCAGUUUAAGUAUACUAACAUUACUUUUAUUUUCUUUUCUCGUUUUGAAAAACCUUAAGGUUUUUUUUGUUUUGCCUCAGAUGUAACUUACAUCAUCUUAAUUUACAUUAAGGCUGAAUUGACUAUAAGUAGAAAUUUAAGAGAUAUACAGAAUUAUUUUAGCAGAAUUCCAUGGGAAUCAAUAUUGAUUUAUUUAUGUACAUAAAUAACACAUUUUCAAGUGUGAACAAAUAUUUUUUUAAAUAGAAAACGAUCCAUAACCUAGUGAAGUACUUUCAUUUGUUCAAAGGUACAAAGUUGAAAGAUAGGAAGUGGGAAUUUGUAAUGAUUUUAGUAUAAAUUAUUCUAAACAAGAGAUAUAUUUUUUCACUUCAUGAACAUAUAAUGUAUGUUAAAUGUGAUUCACUCCAUGAAAAUAAUUUUAGUAAAGAUAGUAAUAAAUAUAUCUGUACAUGUAA